AUGACGAGGGAAGCACUCACGAAAUAUAACUAUGAAAACUGGAGUGUUCUGAUGAAGAACUAUCUCAUGGGAAGAGGUCUAUGGGACGUUGUGGAAAGUAAUUCUCCUCCUACGGCGGCUGCUGAUACUCCUCCUACGGCGGCUGCUGACAAAGCGUCAGCAGCAGUGGAAGGUAGAUCAAGAAAAUGGAAGAGGCAGAACGCAAAUGCGUUGCACAUCAUUCAACUCUCAUGCACUUCAGAUACCUUUGCUCAGAUUAGACGCUUUGAAACCGCCAAAGAAGCCUGGAACCACUUGACUGCGUCUUUUGGGUCCAACUCACAAGCCGACAUAGAUAUUGAACAAGGUUGUGUAAUGGAUGAUCCUGAAUAUCGCGAGUUGUUCAUGAGUGUGGAAGAGAAUAAUUGGAGUGUAGUAAAGGCAAUCCUGAACCGGGAGGACAUGGCUAUAUAUUAUUCUACUUCCCACUCUGGUAGGACAGUGCUCCACACGGCGGCAAUCUUGGGGCACCAGGACAUGGUAAAGCAAUUGGUAGCCGAAGGCGGAGAAAGAUUACUUAAAAUGCAAGACAACCGCGGUUACACGGCUCUCGCCCUUGUUGCUGAUCUUACCGGCAACAAAAGCAUAGCAAAGUGCUUGGUAGAAGAAAGUAGUGUUCGUGGUUGCGCACAGGUGCUGCUUAAGAUGAAGACCAGAGACGGCGAGAUACCUGUUCUUCUUGCUGCCGCUGUGGGUCACAAGAAAAUGACUUCCUACCUCUAUUCUAAAACACCCAGGGAUAUGUUCGACAAUGCCGACAAUGCAGUUUUGCUCCUUUCACGAUGUAUCAGCGCUGAAAUAUUUGAUGUUGCUUUGCAAUUACUACUACAACAUCCGGGUGAUGAGCUACCCCUUACUCAUGAAUUAGAGUGUCUCCGACCCUUAAAGGCAUUGGUUCACAAGCCUUCUGCAUUCCCCAGUGGCACUAGAUUUGGGAUUCUACAUUGGAUCUACGAUUGUGAGUAUUGUCUUGUUAUAUAUGACUAUAUACAUUAAAAUAUUCUUAUGAGCGAGAUUAUAGUUA